GAAAACAUGCUGUGAAGACUGUUGAAAUGACAACAAAGGAUUUACAUUACAUAAACUUAGUAGAUAAUGCAGCAGCAGUGUUUGGGAGGAUUGACUCCUAUUUUGAAAGAAGUUCUGUGGGUAAAAAUGCUACGGAACAGUAUGACACACACAGAGAAAUCAUUCGUGUAAAGAAGAGUCCAUCAGUGUGGCAAACGUUAUUCUUAUUUGAAGAAAUUGCUACAACCACCCCCAACCUUCGGCAAUCACCAGUCAGCAGCCAUCAAGAGGGAGGUAAGACCCUCCACCAGCAAAAAAGAUUGUGACCCACUAAAAGCUCAGAUGAUGGUCAGCUUUGUUUAACAAUAAAGUAUUUUUAAAUUAAGGUGUGACCAUUCUUUCCUUAGAUAUAAUGCUACUACACACUUAAUAGACUACAGUAUAGUAUAAAUUAAUUUUUAUAUGCACUGAGAAACCAAAAAAGAAAAAAUUUGACUCGUUUUAUUGCAAUAUUUAUUCACUUUAUUAUAAUGGUCUGGAACCAAACCCACAAUCGCUGGUGUAUGCCUGUAUAAAUAUAUUUUAGUUAACAACAGACCCAUUCAUUAUCUCAUUUAAACUACUUCUCUCAUCCACUUAUUUGUUUAACCACCCACAGUGCUUCUGUUUCGCUGAAACACAAUAAAUGCUUCCUUUGAAAUCACUUCCAGGUGAUUGUUUGUGCUGAAAUUGAUGGCUCCCACGUUGUCAAAGGGCUUUCCUUUCAUGGGUUACUCCAAUUUAGGGAACACCAGAGGUAAUAUGGUGAUAAGGAGAGUGAAAUCACCAGUUGUGAUACUGUACGUCUGUCUGUUCCACCCAAAAUUUCCAGAUACUAGGUGAAGCAUACAGGACACACCACUGCUGUAGAGUAGCCAUCCAUCUGGCCCUUCCCUGACGAAAUCUUUCAAAUGAACCUUGCGCUAAUCUGAGUCAAUGCUCAAACAUGAACUAAUCAAAACCCAGGCUUUUUAGGGGAUUCUCAAGUGAGUCAACAUCAGUUUAUCAGUUGAGAGGGGGAUUAGGGUAAUGCUUUCAUACUGUCUAAUGGUGACAGGAAAACAUUACUACCUCUGUCUUUCUGAAAUCAUUUCCUUAUCAAAACCUUUCAAACUGUCAAGCUAGUAUUUUAUUUCUUGUAUCACUAAUUAUACAAACCAGAAUUACUAUUUACUUUUUUAGCUGUCUUUCCAAGCUUAAAACAGAAUACAUGUGUGCACAUGGUUAAAAAUACAAUUAUUAGGCUGCGGGAGGUGGUGGCUCCGGCAGCCGGAGAGGGGGGUUUUCCUCUGCCGAGAUGGCCUCCAAAAGGAGAACUUUGAGCUUCCACGAAAGGCAUCAAAAAUUAGUAGAUGAAAACUACUGCCCAAAAUUGCAUGUAGACGCACUAAAAGAGGUAGAGCAUCACAUCAGAGACCGAAUGGGGCAAAGUGAAAGUGAUGACCGUGUGGAACGCAAGAGGUUCCUCAGAUUACUACAGAAUGAACAGUUUGAGUUGGAUAUGGAAGAGGCCAUUCAAAAGGCAGAAGAAAACAAAAGAUUGAGGAAACUCCAACUUGAACAAGAAGAAAAAUUGGCUACAGAAUUGGCAAAACUUAAACAUGAAAGUCUAAAGGAUGAAAAGAUGAGGCAACAUAUUGAGCUCAGAGAAUUGGAGAAGAAAUUAAAAGCAGCUUACAUGAAUAAAGAAAGGGCAGCUCAGAUUGCAGAGAAGGAUGCCAUUAAAUAUGAGCAAAUGAAAUGUGAUGCUGAAAUAGCCAAAACCAUGAUGGAAGAACAUGAGAGAAUAGUAAAGGAAGAGAAUGCUGCAGAGGACAAACGAAAUAAAGUAAAAGCACAGUAUUAUCUUGACUUAGAGAAACAACUUGAAGAACAAGAAAAAAAAAAGCAGGAAACUUAUGAACAAUUGUUGAAGGAGAAACUCAUGAUUGAUGAAAUUGUUAGGAAAAUCUAUGAAGAAGAUCAGUUGGAGCAACAACAAAAAUUAGAAAAAAUGAAUGCAACUCGAAGGUAUAUUGAAGAGUUCCAGAAAGAGCAGGCUCUUUGGAGAAAAAAGAAACGUGAGGAGAUGGAAGAAGAAAACAGAAAAAUCAUAGCGUUUGCCAGCAUGCAGCAACAAAGAGAAGAAGAUCGGAUGGCAAAAGUUCAAGAAAGUGAAGAAAAAAGGCUACAGCUUCAGAAUACACUGACUAAGAAAUUGGAGGAAAUGCUGCAGCAACGUGAAGAUUUGGAACAAAUGCGACAAGAAUUAUACCAGGAAGAACAAGCUGAAAUACAUAAGACAAAAUUAAAAGAGGAAGCAGAAGAGAAAUUGAGAAAGCAAAAGGAGUUGAAACAAAAUUUUAUAGAACAGAUGACCUUGAAGGAACUGGUACUACAGGCUGCAAAAGAGGAAGAGGAGAUCUUUAGAAAAGCUAUGCUAGCUAAACUUGCUGAGGAUGAUCACAUAGAAUUAAUGAAUGCUCAGAAACAACGAAUGAAGCAACUAGAACACAGGAGGGCUGUGGAAAAACUUAUUGAGCAGCGUCGCAACCAGUUCCUUGCAGACAAACAACAUGAACUGGAAGAAUGGCAGUUGCAGCAAAGAAGACAAGGAUAUAUUAAUACAAUUAUUGAAGAAGAAAGACUAAAACUUCUCCAAGAACAUGCUACAAAAUUACUAGGCUAUCUUCCUAAAGGAGUAUUUAAAAAAGAAGAUGAUAUUGAUAUGCUUGGUGAAGAGUUUAGAAAAGCAUAUCAGAAAAGGCAUGAAAUUUGUGAAGAGAAAUAGUAUCAAGAUUUGGUAAAACCUGGAUUUUUUUUUAUUACCACUAGAUGUCAGUGUAACCUUUGUUUUAUAGUUAAGUGAUAGCAAUCCAUUGUCUGGAUUUUCUGAAGUACCUCUGUAUUUCAUCAUUUGUAAACAAUUAUCUAUAAGAAAAUGUUUUCUGAUAAAGCAAUUCAUUUUGCAGUUAAAUAUUCAGAAUUAAAAAAAAUUUUUUUAAUAAAAAAAAAAAAAAUACAAUUAUUAAAGAGCCACAAACACAUGCUAACACAAAUAAAGGUCAGGACACACUAAAGGCCAGAUAAAUGUUUAAGAUUCAACACUGCUAUGAGAGAGUAUUUCUAUAAUAAGGCUUAUCACAACUCAAUUAUUAAUAGAUCAUUCCCCAGAAAUUUUUGAAACUAUACAUUUAAUUAUACAAAUAUUAAAUGGUAAAAGAUAAAACAAACAGGAACAAUAGCUAAAAGAUAUGCUAGAAAAUAUACUUGCAACAGAAAACCUAAAUACAGGAAGUACUUCUACAAAUUGGUAAGAAUCUAACCUAUAGUAAAAAAUCUCCACUCUGUGUUCAAGGAUGUAUACCAAAUCACUAUUUCACUAUUGUAGCAAAAACUGUAAAUAAUCUAAAUAACCAGCAAUAGGGGGAUGUUUUAAUAAAUUGAUACAUCAGUAAGGUAUAGAAAGACAUAAACAAGGGUCUUAAUAUUGGUUUAACUUAGGGGAGUCAAAGAGAGGAAAGAGGAGUCAAAGAGGAAGGAAGAGAAAAAGACAAGGACAGUCGUGACAUGAAAACUUAAGACACAGAUAUGUUGAGUGAAAAUGGAAAACAUAAUUCUAUGAUUUUACUGAAUAUAUGUAAAAACAUAUGCACUGAACAAGGUGACAUAAAUUUAUAAAAAUAUUACUUUGACUUAGGAUUGUCAGAAAUUUACUUGGAUUUCUGUUAUCUUUAAUAUAGCGCAUACAACAAAUAACAUGAAGAUGAAAGUAACAAAGACAUCAUGUGUUACACUGUAAUGAAAAAGAAAUGCCUUUCUUUGAAAAAUUCUAACUUCAAAGAUCCUAGAAUGUGUGUCUAACUUAUUAGGGUGAUAUAUAUAGUGCCCAGCACCUAGUGACUAUUCAGAAAACAUUGAAAAAU